UACUUUCCCUUAGAGCAGAUCCUAGUAGAAAAAGUACGUGAUAUGAGUAGUUUGACAUAACUGAUGUAAGUAUGUCACAUUUGUCAAUGAAAGAGCAAAGUGGCUGUCGAAAACUGUUAAAAUUAUUACCCCUGGACGACUUGCUCGCCCUUAAAGAUACAGUAACGAAUCGACUGAUUGCUGUAGAGAGCACACAAGAGGCUAUUGAAGCCAUCAUAACUUACUCAAAAGAUGCUGAGGAGCUCCUCAAGAGAAAGAAGGUACACCGGGAUGUCAUUUUUAAGUAUCUUGCCAAUGAAGGAGUUGCCAUGCCCCCUAAUAGUGAGAAACAUCAGCUGGUCAGCAGAACCAUUGAGUUUUGGUCGUCUGUUGAGAUCUCAAGGCAUGAGAAGAACACAGUCAUUACAGAUGAGGUUGGAGAUGGUCUGUCAGACCUUGCAGCUUUGGGAAAACAGUUUUGCCAGUGGUUCUACAGCCUUCUGAACUCUCAGAACCCCAGUCAAGGGCCUCCGGUGCAGGACUGGGGUCCUCAGCAUUUCUGGGAGGACGUGAGACUUCGACUUCUCUUAUGUACGGGAGAGCAGCGUGUAGAUGAGUUCAAUGGGGCACAGAUGGUCAGCCAGCGGCUACAUGCUCUUGCAGGAGAGGAACGUCUGUUGUUCUGCCCAAACUUGGAGGGUUAUGGGUUGAAGUGUGUAUCUUCAGCUCAUGGACUGGUGAUAGUUGCCGUAGCUGGAACCAUCCACCGUGACAAUGCCUGCCUUGGGAUUUUUGAGCAAGUGUUUGGGCUCAUUCGCUCACCAAUGGACGACAAUCGCUGGAAAAUAAAGUAUGUAUAUAUAAAAGUAGAAGCACAAGGUGCCAUCACAGAGAGACAGUUACCACUUAUUACAUAUGAUUCAAAAGAGUUGCUGAGGUUUUGUAAUUGAGAGUCAGAGAUCCUUGUGAGGACAUUUUUUUUUCGACAGUGAAGAGAUAAACUGGGUUAAACAUGGAGGAUGUAAUGUUCUGU